CGUGUGGCAAUAAACGUGCUUGGCAAACAUCGUGAUGACUCUGAGCUCCCGCACUGGUGCGACAUGCUCGUUCAGCAUGCGUAUAUGCACUCCUGCAUAUACUGUACACACUCUCAUUCACUUUCUCUCUCCCUCUCCCUCCCAGGAAACAAAGAAGUGCUCCAGUCACUGGUCCAGAUUAAUAAUAAACACCGUUUCUCAUCACACUUUUUUGAUUGACACUUCAUUUCCUCCAGGUGACCGUAAACACGUUGACCUCCGCGUGUGUGUAGUGCGUGCGUGCGUGCGCGCGCGGCCGUGCGUGCGUGCGUUGGGGUUUUUUGCUUGCCCUAUUUUCAGGUGGGGGGGCGGAGGCUUUGUGUGUAUAAAAUGCGGCGUGUGCUCUGGUCUCACAUCACCUGCGCAUUUGCUCCUCUCUUCGCCAACUCUGUUUUUGAUAUUUCGCUCCAUCAUCAUGAAAGCGGUCGGCAUCGCAGCGCUCGUUUCCCUCCGCCUCCUUGGCGUGCUGGCGCUGCUCCUGAUCGGCUGCGUCCGGCGAGGGGAGGCGGGACCCGUCUUUCGGCCGCUCAGCCCAGUUUUGAGGAGUCCAAACACGUACCGGGCCGCAGAGGAAGUCUCGCUGCACGCUCAGCGCUCCGAGACGGAGGAGGAGUCAAACGUCAGGCUGAACGUUCCGGUGGCGGACGAGGAGGAGCACGUGGUGGUCUGCUGCCUGCACAGCAACAUCCUGGACUUCUACCUGAAGGACGUCUUCGACGGCCUCGACGACCGGCAUCCCAGAAUGCACCAGCUGCACUCGGACCUCAGCAGAGCCGGCCAAGACCUCAAAGAGCACGGAUGCAAUGCGCCGCACUACCAAGACCACCGGCACGUGGUGCAGUUCCGCGACAAGCUGGCCCAGAUGGACAGCAGUCGUGGCCUGAAAAAGGCCUUGAGCGAGGUGAACAUUCUCUUCACGUAUCUACAUGACAACUGCGUGAGCGCCGCCCGCUGACGCACACAACCAACUACCACAACUAUGACUACUUUAUUUAUUGGCCUUACUAUUUAUGUGGCUGUUACCAUGGAGACAUGUGUUACAGUACUGACAUUUCAAAUAAACUUGCUUCUUUCAACAACAA